UGCAUACCAUCCAAAUUACUUUAUUAAAUAUUGGUAUUUGGAUGGUCAAUUCAGAAAAGUCUCAAUUUCUCAAUUCGGUUUAGUAAUUUACUAAUGCUUUCACCAUUUUAGCAACUAUGUUCAUAAAGUUUCAUAUAGAAAAAAAAAAAAAAUUGGAAGAGCAGAGAGACGGUAUGGCAAUUGGAUCUUCAAGACUGCUUCUCUUGUUGUAUUCGGUUCUCCCAUUCCUUGCUACUCUCACCCUUGCAGCCGAUCAAUAUUUUCAGCAUCGUUGUAUAAGCACAGCAGGUAACUAUACCGCAAACAGCACUUACCAGGCCAACCUCAACAACAUCUUCUCUCAACUUACCUCUCUGACAGAGUUCAACUAUGGGUUCUAUAAUCUGUCUGCUGGUGAUGAAAACGCUACCAAAGUUAAUGCAAUCGCACUAUGCAGGGGGGACAUAAACCAAGCUGAUUGCAACAGUUGCCUCAAUGACACCAUAUCUGAACUCAGGCAGCGAUGUCCCUUUUACAAGGAGGUGGUUGGAUGGUCUGAAUUUUGUAUGCUGCGCUACGCCAACCGAGACAUAUUUGGAGAAAUGGAAGACUCUCCUGACGCUUGUCUAUACAACACACAGGAUUUAGCGAAUGCUAAUCAGUUCCAUCAGACAUUGGCUAACCUCUUGAAUAAUCUGAGCAGUCAAGCCGAAGCUGGGGGUCCUCUUCGCAAGUAUGCAGCAGAUAACUCAUCGGUGGGCGUCUUUCAAAUAGCAUACGCUCUAGUACAGUGCACUCCUGAUUUGUCCGAGCAAGAAUGUGGUGCUUGUCUAACUGUGGCUAAGCAAGGGAUUGGAGGUUGCUGCUCGGAGAAGAUCGGAUGCAGGGUUCUUAGACCAAGCUGUUUCUUGAGGUUUGAGUCUAGCCCAUUUUAUCAGACUCCAAUUCCUCUACCGUCGCCUCCACCAUCUCCAACUUCUUCUCCUCCUCCUGGAGGAAACGGCAAUAACACAACUCGUAUUGUCAUAAUUGUUGUUGCCUCAGUUGUUGGAAUUCUGAUACUGAUUACCUCCAUCUGCAUCUUUUGGAGAGUCAGGAAGACCCAUGAAAUUGUAAACAGUUUGCUUCGUGCAGCUGAUGAUGAGGUUAUUAGGGCUGAGUCCUUGCAAUUCGACUUUGCCACUGUUCGGGUUGCAACUAAUAACUUUUCUGAUGCAUUUAAGCUUGGUCAAGGUGGAUUUGGAGCUGUUUAUAAGGGUCGGCUUCCAAAUGGACAAGAGGUUGCUGUGAAAAGACUAUCCAUGAAUUCUGGACAAGGAGACCAAGAGUUUAAGAAUGAGGUCCUCUUAGUGGCGCAGCUUCAACACCGCAAUUUAGUUAGGCUCCUUGGCUUCUGCUUGGAAGGACAUGAAAAGCUUCUCAUUUAUGAGUUUGUGCCAAACACAAGCCUUGAUCAUUUCAUAUUUGAUCAAGUCAAGCGUGCACAACUGGAUUGGGAAAGGCGCUACAAAAUCAUAGGAGGAAUUGCUCGUGGGCUCCUUUACCUUCACGAGGAUUCUCGACUUAGGAUAAUUCAUCGGGACCUUAAGGCAAGCAACGUUUUGUUAGAUGCAGAUAUGGUUCCUAAAAUUGCAGAUUUUGGGAUGGCAAGGUUGUUUGUUCGGGAUGAAACACAAGGCAAUACCAGCAGAAUUGUGGGCACCUAUGGAUAUAUGGCACCAGAGUAUGCUAUGCACGGGCAAUUCUCAGUAAAAUCAGAUGUUUUCAGUUUUGGUGUGUUGAUUUUGGAAAUUAUAAGUGGUCAGAAAAAUAAUUGCUUCCGAAAUGGGGAGACGGUGGAGGACCUACUAAGCUGUGCAUGGAAAAAUUGGAGGGAAGGGACAGCAUUGAAUAUCAUUGAUCCAACUUUGAGAGAUGGUUCGGGAAAUGAAAUGAUGAGAUGCAUCCACAUUGGAUUGCUAUGCGUUCAAGAAAAAGUAGCUGACAGACCAACCAUGGCAACAGUUGUUCUGAUGCUUAAUAGCUUCUCAAUCUCCCUCCCGCUGCCCUCACAGCCAGCAUUUUUUAUGCACAGCAACAUUGAAUCUGAUAUGUCAUCCUCGUUGGGUUAUAAUUCUCAGAUGACAGAGUCCAACGAAUUCAAAAGCGCAGCACUUCCAUUGUCCACGAACGAGGUUACAAUUACUGAUCUCUAUCCUCGAUAGUGUUUGAGAAUUGAAUCGUUCGAUGUCACUCGCUGCACCACUUCAACUUGGAUUUGUCUCCACAGUGGUAGGAGCUGGUGAGAGUUUAGACAAAGAUUAUUAGUUGUAAAAUUGAUGCUCUAAAAAAAUGGUGUUGCUUUGCUUCAUGUCAAUAACAACUUCCAAUUCCUGAAUUUGGUGUUCUUGCCCACCGGUAUACGCUAUACAUGCACAUCUUAAAUCAAACUCUGAGUAUAGUUUUUUUUUCCUGUUUAUUGAACUUAUGAUCAUAACUUAUGGGUGUAAAAAUUAUGUAUGAAUAUCAUUUUGUUUGAUUAGAAAUGGGAAAAAAGGAUUGAAAGACUCGUUUCAUUUUGUUUCAUAAGUAAAUGUUGCAUCUAAGCCUUUUAAUUUGAUUCAGCAAUUAAGUACAAUUACAAGUCUUCAUGAACCAUUAAUGAAUAUUUGCCAUGAUAUUCGGUUUCUUUUAUUGAAGGACAGUUGUACAUAAUAAACUUGCCGUACAAUUAAUGUUUCAAACUCCAUAGUUGUAGGGAGAGAGUGAAUGCGGGUUCUUUGUUAGUUUUAACAUUUCAUUAAAUUGAAAAAAAAA